AUGAUUGCUUUGGUCCAGUUGUCAUCGACAAAUGUGAAGUCAGAAAAUCUCAAAAUUGUAAAGGACCUUGUGACAAAAGCGGCAAGUAAUGGGGCGAAGAUGGUAUUUCUACCGGAGGCUCCUGAUUAUAUUGGAACAUCUGGAGAGGAGACUAGUGAAUUGGCUGAAAGCUUCGAUGGACCCUUCUUUACAGCACUCCGCAAUCUUUCUGUGCAGUUAAAAGUGUGGUUGAGUAUUGGUGGUUUUCACAGAAAGCCUAGUCCACUCGCACUGGAUCAGCGCCUACUUAAUACUCACAUAAUUUUGAAUGAUAGAGGUGAGGUGGAGAGUUCUAAAAAGCUCACAUUGCAGGAGUCACAGUAUAUCCAACCUGGCUCACUUGCCCCUGUUGUGGUUCGCGGAACACCAGUGGGUGAUCUUGGUUUAGCGAUUUGUUACGAUUUGAGAUUCCCCGAAUUGGCUAGUGCACUCCGUUACAAAGGUGGGGCAAAUGUUCUGGCCUAUCCGUCUGCUUUCAGUCUACCCACUGGGGAAGCCGGUCAUUGGCAUACUUUGUUGCGUGCACGAGCAAUCGAAACUCAAUGUUACGUCAUUGCUGCUGCCCAGGAUGGGGUCCAUCAUCCGAAAUUUACCUCCUACGGUCACAGCAUGGUCAUCGAUCCUUGGGGUAAAAUAAUUGCUGAGCGGACUGAGCCUGGACCUGGAAUUUUGAUGGCUCGAAUUUGUCAUCAGUUGGAGGAAGGUGUCGUUGAGCGUGGUAUCAACUACACCAAUUCUGUUCGAUCAAUGCUGCCAGUUGGUCUGAGCCGACGUCAUGAUCUCUUCCCCCUGCCGGAUGUUGGAAGCCCUAUUCCAAUCGGUACCGAGGAUUUCCAGUUUGGAAACAUCACAUUGAAAGCCGAACAAAUUUUCUAUCGCACAUCGGUCUCCAUAGCUUUAGUUAACAUAAGCCCUCUAGUGCCUGGACAUGUUCUCGUUAUUCCUGUCGAAGUUGUUGAUAGAUUUGGUUCGCUUCCCGAUGGGACGAUUGCGGAUAUGUACGCGUGUGUUAAGCGCAUUUCUGAGAAGUUGUGUGAACAUUUUGGGGCGACAAGCCUUACCAUCUCCAUACAAGAUGGGAAAGACGCCGGCCAAACUGUUCCGCAUGUUCACGUUCACGUUUUGCCCAGAAAACCAGGAGACUUUGCUAUGAAUGACGACAUCUACGCUGCGCUGCAGGCCCAUGACAAAGUCGCCAACAGAAAAUAUCGUUCAAACGAAGAAAUGGCAGUGGAAGCAAAGCUUUUUAGGUCAUUCUUUUACGACAAAUUUGGUCAACCGCUGAAGAAUUAA